AUGCCUCUAUUUGGCAAGCGCCGCGCCGCUAAGGAGGAGGGCUCACUCCCUUCUACCGAGGCAGGCCAUCACCGUCACCAUGGACGUUCACCGGCCGAGUCCUAUUCCAUGUCCAAGCGGCCCAGCUUCGGCCAGUGGGUGAAGCACACCUGGCUAGACAUUGUCACGAUGGCCAUCAUGGGAGCUCUCGGUCUGGGGAUUUACUUCGCCGAGCCUCGCCCAGCCCGCUCAUUUGCUGUAACCUUUUCCGACGGUCAAGUAGUCUACCCUCAGUUCGCCUACCCUCUCCGCGAUGAGGUGGUCCCCAUCUGGCUGGCUGCAUUCCUGGCCUCCAUCGUUCCAAUCGUCAUCAUGGCCAUCAUGCAGAUCCGUGUGCGCUCCUUCUGGGACUUCAACAACGCCGUCAUUGGCAUUCUGUACUCGCUCAUCACGGCCGCGCUAUUCCAGGUCUGGGUGAAGUGGCUCAUCGGUGGACUCCGCCCGCACUUCCUCGACGUUUGUGACCCGGACCCGGCCAAGAUGGGCAACAACAACGGCGAAGGGUUCCAGAGGCUCUACUUCCGCCCCGAUAUCUGCCGAGGCGAGAAGAAGCUCAUCAACGAUGCGCUCGAGUCUUUCCCUUCGGGCCACACCACGGCCGCAUUUGCUGGCUUUGGCUACCUGUACCUCUACCUUAACGCAAAGCUUAAGGUCUUCAGCAACUACCACCCUUCGCUCUGGAAGCUCGCUCUGACAUACUCUCCGAUCCUGGCCGCCGUCCUGAUUGGUGGUGCCCUGACCAUCGACGAAUACCACAACUGGUACGAUAUUUUUGCCGGUGCCGCCGUCGGCAUCACCAUGGCUUUCAGCUCGUACCGCAUGACCUUUGCCGCCAUCUGGGACUGGCGCUUCAACCACAUCCCGCUGAACCGAACGGCCCCCUUCAACUAUGACAGCUACAUGAAUGCCGAGCUCCUCCAUGCCGUCGCCACUCGCAAGGCCGGCUGGGGAGGAGACGGCCUCGGUCAUGGUCAUCACGAAAAGCAUGCCGCCGGUAUGGGUGCUGGUAAUGCAGGCCACCAUCACGGCAUGGGACACCACAAUGGUUUGGGCCACCAGGACGGAGUCGACUCCAGCUUCAGUGGUCACGCUAAUGGUGUGCCAGCCAAUGACGGCUUCACCCAGCCUAGGAGGCCUGUGGGAGGCCAUGGUGACCACAUGGUUUAA